CCUCCGGUCCUCCUACGGCACAUUGAUUGCGGUGCAUCGUGGAAUCUCCCGGGUCAAGCUUCUUUCGGUCUCACUCCUCCGUCCGUCGGCUAGCUUCGUCUCCUCGAUCUCCUCUACAGAAACAGCCUCAGAUUCAAGAUGAGCCCUCGCACCAGAAGCCAGAAGGCCUCCGCUGAGCUGGAGGCCACGGAUCCAUCGCCCGCCGUCAAUGGAACCCUUCAGUCUUCGUCGAAAAACGGCCCGGAAGCUGCCGCUAACGGAGACGUGCGAGAGAAUGUCUUUCUCUUUGCGCCAAACUUGAUCGGUUAUGCGCGCGUGGUGUUGACAAUGGCCUCGCUUUACUACAUGCCUCUGCAUCCGCGGACAUGUUCCCUUCUCUACAGUGUUUCGUGUCUGCUGGACGCCCUGGAUGGAUACGCCGCCCGAUACUUCAACCAGUCGACUACCUUCGGUGCCGUGUUGGACAUGGUGACGGAUCGGUGUACAACAGCGUGUCUCCUGGUGUUUCUCAGCUCGGCCUGGCCCCGGUGGUCGAUUGUCUUCCAGAGUCUGAUCGCUUUGGAUAUGGCUAGUCACUACAUGCACAUGUACGCGACGCUCAGCAUGGGCGGUUCCAGCCAGAGUCAUAAGAAGGUCGACUCCAGCCGCAGCUGGAUCCUGUACCAGUACUAUAACAGUCGGACGGUUCUGUUCAUUUGCUGCGCUCUCAAUGAGCUGUUCUUCAUCGGCCUCUAUCUGCUCUCUUUCUCCUCGCCUACACUCUCCCCUUCCCUGCUGCUACCCAAGGCGGGAGGCCCAGCUGGCGACACGACUAUUCCCCCUCCGGAGGGCUAUUCCAGCCCUUGGAGUGCCGGUGCUCUCGAGUUGGCUCGUGCGAACAAGAUCGACAGCUUCUGGCCCUGGGUUAUCACCGGAAUCUCCUUCCCGGUUAUGGCUCUCAAGCAGUUCAUCAACGUCGUGCAACUAGUCAAGGCCAGCAAGUGGCUGGCCGAAGGUGACAUGGCUGCCCGGAAGGCCCUGCGGACUGGUAAGAACAACUAAGGGCUGGCCAGGUCGGGCGUCGGUGGUGUUUCCGGAUGU